AUGAGCGCGCAGGCUGGAGAGGGAAUCCGGGACCAGUGCAAGCCGCCCACUUUAUUCUCUAAUUACUGCAUUGAAAGUCUCCUGAGAAGAAGUCCUCUCAAAGUCAGGCUCCUCGGGAUGCAAAGUCUGACAGCAGCACUUCGGACAGAGGAACACCCAGCUGGGCCAAAUCUGCCUCCUCACACGGAACUGCACCUGCCUCCCAAACUGCGGCGCCCGUUCAGUCCAGAGCGAGGAGACGAGCUGGAGCUCAGAGCUGGUCUAAACUCCUGCUACCCUGAACAUGAACUCAUCAAUUCUCUAAAGAGCAGCGCUGCUCAGGAUAAAGUAGAGGCGGAUGAGAGCAGAGCGCCUGCAGACACGCGUCUCUGCCCGGGACAUGAGGACGGACUGAGAGACAAAAACACAAGCACGAAGGACAGUGAGGACGGUGUGUAUGUGUCACCGAGCAGCGAUGCUGAAGACGGGACACUGAGACGCAAACAGAGGAGAUACAGGACUACAUUCACAAGUUACCAGCUAGACGAGCUGGAAAGGGCUUUCCAAAAGACGCACUACCCUGACGUGUUCACAAGGGAGGAAUUAGCCAUGAGGCUCGACCUGACAGAAGCACGCGUGCAAGUCUGGUUCCAGAACCGCCGUGCAAAAUGGAGAAAAAGGGAAAAGGCCGGGGUUCAGCAUCACCAUCUUGGCCUUCCAUUUCCUGGACCCAUCACUGCAGCACAGCCUCUAUGCCAUUAUCUAGGUGGGGGUGCAUUUGGCCCCAACCUGCACCCAGGCAUUGAGUCGGGAUGGCCUGUCUCCCUCCACGGAUUCACCCAGCCCAUCCCAAACCCUGCACACCCAAACCGAAUCUACUCUCUGCUUGGAGCAGCGAUGCUCAGACACCCUGCCCUCAUCAACCCCUCCUUUGGAAGAUUCUUCACUCCACUCGCCCUUCAAAGACUGCCUGUUCCCACCAUAGAGACUCCAACUCUACCUCCCCUUCACAUUCCUGAUCCUCCUUCCUCAUCUUCAUCCACUCUGUGCUCCUCAUCCUCACCCGUGGACCGCCGUGCAUCCAGCAUCGCGGCUCUGCGGCUCAAAGCCAAGGAGCACUCGGCUCACAUCGGCCAGCUCAGAGUCCUCACAGCUAGUACAGCUGAAGAAGAGACCUAA